GGGUACCGACGACUCAGCAUGUCAGAAGUGAUGUAGACAUGGUGCCUUUUCUUGUUUCCACCCGGACCGUUCAAAGGGACGGAUCGUGUUCCGGUCGGUGAUGAGGGUUGUGAGUGCAUGCUGCGGAGAGAAAGCACUGUUAAAGUAGCAGCUGUAGCAUCACCUGAACCGCCGCGAUGGGUAUCUUGGAAAAAAUCGCGGAAAUAGAGAGAGAAAUCGCACGUACACAGAAAAACAAAGCCACUGAGUACCAUCUAGGUCUGCUCAAGGCCAAGUUAGCCAAGUACAGAUCUCAGCUUCUGGAGCCCUCCAAGUCAGCGGGGGCCAAAGGUGAGGGCUUCGAUGUUAUGAAAUCAGGUGAUGCCAGGGUGGCCCUCAUUGGUUUUCCCUCAGUGGGUAAGUCCACCUUCCUUAGUUUGAUGACAUCAACAGCCAGUGAAGCUGCUUCUUAUGAGUUCACUACUCUCACUUGCAUCCCUGGUGUCAUUGAGUACAAAGGGGCAAACAUUCAACUACUCGAUCUACCAGGAAUCAUUGAGGGUGCUGCCCAAGGGAAGGGUAGAGGUCGGCAGGUCAUUGCCGUGGCCAGGACAGCAGAUGUCGUCGUCAUGAUGUUGGACGCCACUAAAGGAGAUGUACAAAGAGAUCUUCUGGAAAAAGAGUUGGAGUCAGUAGGAAUCAGACUCAACAGGAGGAAACCAAAUAUUUAUUUUAAGCCGAAAAAAGGCGGUGGUCUCUCCUACAACUCUACAGUUCCUCUCACCCAGUGCUCUGAGAAACUGGUUCAGCUCAUCCUUCACGAGUACAAAAUCUUUAAUGCUGAAGUCCUCUUCAGAGAAGACUGCUCCCCAGACGAGUUCAUUGACGUCAUCGUGGGGAACAGAGUGUACAUGCCUUGUUUAUAUGUUUACAAUAAGGUGGAUCAAAUCUCCAUCGAAGAAGUGGACCGUCUUGCUCGACGACCUCACAGUGUUGUCAUCAGUUGUGGGAUGAAGCUGAACCUGGAUUACCUCUUGGAGACGCUCUGGGAUUAUCUGUCUUUGAUUUGCAUUUAUACAAAGAAAAGAGGAGAGCGUCCGGACUUUAACGACGCCAUCAUCAUGAGAAGAGGAGCAAGUGUUGAACACUGUUGCCAUCGGAUCCACAGAACCUUAGCCAGUCAGUUCAAAUAUGCCCUUGUUUGGGGAACCAGUACCAAGUACAGCCCACAGAGGGUGGGGCUCACACACAUCAUGGAGCACGAGGACGUCAUCCAGAUUGUCAAGAAAUAAACAAAAUGAGAAGAAAACUGUACAGUAGAUACACAACACCACCUUUAUUAUUUUGUAUAUGUUAAUUCAACUUCUUAUGAAAAGAAAACAGUUUGAUUUGAGUCGGUUGCUCAGAAACAGAUUCAUUUUAUCUGUAAAGAAGAGAGAAAGUGGGGAAUAAUAAAUUACUUACAACUA